CGGAAGGGUUUGACUUGGCUCCCGCUCCCCCACAAUCUUACCAUGGACGAGAAGACUGAUAAAGUGAGUUUUGAUUUGGACAAAGACUCUACUCCCCUCGAUCCCGUGCUCGUUGAGUCCUUGUCACUGAGAAAGGGAACCAUCCGAAGGCAGAGACUGUCCUGGUACUAUGCCCCCUCCUUCCUGCUCCUCUGGCUGGCCCUCUUCUAUGCCAUCGUGAUCCCGCUUUACUACAGACUUCCGGAUAGGUUGACCGUAUCCGAGGAGUCCCUCUACCCAGGAGAAUUCGUGGCGGAAAGGGCACAGCGGCUGCUAUUUACCUACGAUCGCAUUGGACCCAAGGUAACCGGUAGUUAUGCCAAUGAGGUGACCACGGUUCAGUUUCUUGUAAAUGAAGCGGAAAAGAUCCGUGCCGAGAUGCGCAGCGAUCUCUACGAUAUCGAGAUUGAUGUUCAGUCGCCAACGGGUGGAUAUGUCUUUAUCGAUAUGGUGAACAUGUACCAGGGAAUUCACAAUGUGAUUGUCAAACUGAGUUCAAAGAGUUCCCAGAGUGAAAACUAUCUGUUGCUCAACAGCCACUUUGACUCUAAGCCAACCAGUCCAGGUUCCGGUGAUGAUGGCACUAUGGUUGUGGUCAUGCUGGAGGUCCUUCGCCAAAUGGCGAUAUCCCCAACGCCUUUCGAACAUCCCCUUGUCUUUUUGUUCAACGGAGCCGAGGAGAAUCCCCUUCAGGGUUCCCAUGGCUAUAUUACGCAACACAAAUGGGCAGCCAACUGCAAGGCCUUUAUCAACUUGGAAGUCGGCGGAAGCGGGGGACGUGACUUAUUGUUCCAGAGUGGUCCCAAUAAUCCAUGGCUCAUGAAGUACUACAGGCUGCACGCGAAGCACCCGUUUGCGACCACAAUGGCGGAGGAGAUUUUUCAGAGUGGAAUUUUACCCUCUGACUCAGAUUUCCGAAUUUUCCGGGAUUUUGGGAAUAUUGCUGGUCUUGACAUGGCUCAGGUUGACAACGGAUAUGUGUACCACACGGUGUUUGAUAGCUAUGAGAAUGUUCCUGGGCGAUCCAUACAGAAUUCUGGCAACAAUGUCCUUGCUCUGGUGCGUGCUUAUAGCAAUGCCAGUGAGCUGUAUGCAACAGAGAGUGAUGAGGGCCAUGCAGUCUUCUUUGACUUCCUUGGCCUCUUCUUUGUGUACUACACUGAGACCACUGGGAUUGUUUUAAACUGCCUGAUUGGAGUGAUUAGUCUGGUUCUGGUUGGUGUUUCCCUAUGGAGAAUGUCCCGUCAGUCGGAGGAGGUUACUCUUCCUCAGAUUUCGAUCUGGUUCGUCAGCAUUUUGGGACUGCACGUGGUGGGAUUCUUGCUGUGCAUCUGCCUGCCUCUACUGAUGGCUGUCUUAUUCGAUGCUGGAGAUCGGUCAUUGACUUACUUUAGCAACAUAUGGCUGGUUUUUGGACUCUACGUAUUUCCCGCAAUUAUUGGAUUAGUACUUCCGCUGACACUUUACUACACCCUGAGGCCUAAUGUCAAACUAAGCCACGCUUAUCAUCUCCAACUCAGUUUACAUGCUCACUUGGUUGUCCAGGCCCUUUUGGCCCUCAUUUUGACCGCCAUGGGUCUGCGUUCCCAGUACCUGUGCCUGAUUUCGCUAAUCUUCUAUGGAGGUGCACUCCUGAUUAAUCUGGUUAGCACGCUGCACGAUCGUGGCUACUAUUGGUCCCUGAUUGUGAUGUGUCUUCAGGUGCUACCGUUUGCGUACUUCUGUUACCUAUUCUACAUGUUCCUGGUGAUAUUCAUUCCGGUUCUGGGUAGGAAUGGUUAUAAUACCAAUCCUGACCUUAUCGUGGCGCUACUCUGUGGUGUUUGUGUCUUCUUUGCAUUGGGCUAUGCAGCCCAACUGAUCAACAUGUUCCGCUGGCCAAAGCUUAUUCUUCUAGGAUUGGGAAUAGGCACCUUUAUUUUCUGCAUGAUAGCAGUUUCAGAGGUGGGCUUCCCCUAUCGAGCCAAAACAAAUGUGAUGCGAGCCAACUGCUUGCACACUCGACGUUAUUUCUACGAAUUCGAUGGAUCGGUCAGUCGCAGCGAUUCCGGUUACUACUUCAACUAUCAGGAUAGGCGAGCCUUUGAUCCUGUCAAGGACUCAGUAGAUCUCACCGGUUUGGAGCCGGUUGCGGAUCGCUGCGAUGAUUACGUGAUGUGCGGAAUCCCCUGCUUUUAUUACAGCUGGUGCAAGUGGCGCCAAUGGGAUGGAUGGCUGCCUCGCGAAUCGGAGGUUAUUAUACCUGGCGAACUCAACCUCGAGUUUCUGGGAAAGACUGUUCUGGAAUCACCGACGAUCGCUCGCUUCGAGUUCGAGCUAUCUGGACCGCCGCACAUGAAUAUAUUUAUUCAGCCCGUGGGUUCCGCAAAAGUUGAGAACUGGUCGUUUGUGAGGAAAAUGCUGGACGAACCGGAGGAGUUCCAGCCGCCCUACCAGAUAUUCCAUUCGUAUGGAACAGAUAACAGCUCUUUAAAGUUCUUCAUUGAUAUGGAGAAGAGCGAUGGUGAUUUCAAUACUCCCACUUUGGAGCUCGCAGCUGUGGGACACUGGGUCAGCUACGAGUUCGAAAGAGAUGCAGAGGCUAAAGAUUUUGUGGCCAGCUUUCCCGACUUUGUCCACGUCAUGGAAUGGCCUUCUAUAUUUAAGCGAUAUAUUUAUUAGGUAAUUUAUAGUCAUUAUUAUGUACAGAACCA